AUGCCCUCGUUCCUCAGCGACACGCCCUUCUCCGACGUCGACGUCCUCGAUCUCGACCCCGACAACCGCUUCGGGCUCGACGGCAAGAAGGCGGCCAAUGGGGGCCCCGUCGGCCACGGUCGCUCAGGCAUAGUCAAUGGGAGCUACGACGAGGGCUCGACCCUGUCCACGCGCGACUCGGACGUCUCGGAGACGACCCCCGUGCCCGUCAGCAACGGCAACGGGACCCGGCCGACGAGCAUGAGCUCGACCAACGACCACAGCGUCUUUGCCGACGCCGACGACGCGCUGGAUGCGACGCCCAGGGCCCGGCCGGUCAACGGCCUCAACGGGCUCAACGGAUCCAUGGUCCUCCCCGACCGGACCGCGCCCCGGCCGCCAGCCGACCCCAACCACCAUGAACAACACCACGACGGCCGCGAGUCGCUCGAGGGCCCGGCGACGCCGCGCAAGAGCCUGCCGGCCUCGCAGUCGGAGCAGCGGCCCGCCGAGCAGCACUCCGAGCAGCACUCCCCGACCGGCAAGACCUCUCCGCACCGCUUCUCGUCACCCCCCGCGUACCACCCCGUCCCCAACCCGCUCUCCACCUCGCCGUCGGGCCACCUGCAGCCGCCGUCGUCCCUCAAGCAGAGGCACACGCUCGAGGUGCCCAAGCUGCCCCCGGGGCGGCAGUCCAAGGACGGGCUCGACGCGCACGCCAGCGGCCGCUUCUCGCCCAGCGUCGCGGGCUCCACGGGGACGCGGCGGGCCUCGCUGAACCUGGUGCGCAGGACGACGCGCUCGAUGCAGUCGGACGCGCCGCGGGACGAGAUUGUCCCCGACGAGGACGCCCUGCGGUGGGCCGAGGCGUACCGGCAGAAGCGGGCCAGCAAGCGCAAGCGCAAGGAGGAGGAGGACGACGACCGCGUGCUGGUCGGCACAAAGGUCGACGAGAGCCACGCCAACUGGGUCACCGCGUAUAACAUGCUGACGGGGAUCCGCGUGUCGGUGUCGCGGACCAACGCCAAGCUCGACCGCGAGCUGACGCCGGCCGACUUUGACGCCAAGCAAAAGUCGACGUUUGACAUAACCGGCAACGAGCUCGUGCCGUCGGCCAAGUACGACUUCAAGUUCAAAGACUACGCGCCGUGGGUCUUUCGCCGGCUGCGCUCCCUCUUCCGCCUCGACCCGGCCGACUACCUCAUGUCGCUGACGGGCAAGUACAUACUUUCGGAGCUGGGGUCGCCCGGCAAGAGCGGCAGCUUCUUUUACUUUUCCAGAGAUUACAAGUACAUCAUCAAGACGAUCCACCACGCGGAGCACAAGUUCCUGCGCAAGGUCCUGCGCGAGUACUACGACCACGUGCAGCAGAACCCCAACACGCUGCUGUCGCAGUUUUACGGGCUGCACCGCGUCAAGAUGCCGUACGGCAAGAAGAUUCACUUUGUCGUCAUGAACAACCUGUUCCCGCCGCACCGGGACAUCCACACGACGUUUGACCUCAAGGGCUCGACGGUCGGGCGCGACUACAGAGAAGACGACCUGGCCAAGAACCCGCGGGCGACGCUCAAGGACCUCAACUGGCUGCGGCGGCAGCAGCACCUCGAGCUGGGGAUCCAGAAGAAGCGCAUGUUCCUCGAGCAGCUGCAGCGCGACGUGGUGCUGCUCAAGCGGCUGCAGAUCAUGGACUACUCGCUGCUCAUCGGCAUCCACGACCUGUCGCGGGGCAACGAGGAGAACCUGCGCGGCAAGACGCUGCAGGUCUUCAACCCGGGCGGCGAAAAGGCGCCCGGCGCCGUCGACGACGACCCGCAGACGGGGCUGCUGCGCACGCCGUCCAAGCUCGAGAGCGUGCGCAAGGCCCGCGAGCUGCGCCAGAUGAUCCGGCAGGAGCGGCCGGUGCCCAUGGGCCAGGCGCUCGACCAGAUGCCCGACGAGCUCGAGGAGGGCCACGCGCGCGCGGGCUUCGUGUUCAACCAGGACGACGGGGGGUUCCGGGCGACGCACGAGGACAACUCGCCGGCCGACGAGAUUUACUACCUGGGCGUCAUUGACUGCCUGACCCACUACGGAAUGAUCAAGAAGAUUGAGCACUUCUGGAAGGGCCUGUCCCACGACCGCACGCAAAUCUCAGCGCUGCCCCCGGAGCAGUACGGAGACCGCUUCUACAACUUUGUCGAGGGCAUCACCAUGUCGGCCGAGGAGGCGCGGCGCGAGGCGCAGCGGAGGGACCGCGAGGCCGUCGAGGCGGCCGAGGCGCCGCACCGCAGCUCGACGCAGCGCCACCACGGCAUCCCGCCCAUGCCGGACCACCAGCCGCCCGCGGUGCCGUCGGGGCCGCGCUCGCCCGAGGCGCGGGAGACUGUGGAGAUGGCCAACCGGGAGGCGCGCAAGUCGGUCAUGGGCGGCGCGUCGGAGCGCGAGGUGCCGGACCGCACGCUGCGGACCAACGCGCCCGACAAGCGCGAGCCGCCGCAGCACGAGCCGGUGCUGCCGAUCGUCGAGGAGACCGGCGAGCAGCGCAGCGACGCCGACGAGGCGCGGGACUACGUGCCGCCGCCGCCCACGGGGCCGCCGCCGCCGACGCCGCCCAAGCGCGAGGCCCCGCCGCGGCCCGACGGGUCGGACAGCGGGUACGGGGGCAACAGCAACGGCACCGUCAGCCGCGACAACUCGCUCAGCUACGCGCGGUCGCCGCGGAGCAAGGACAGCCUCAACAAGAACCUGCCGCCCCUGCCCCAGGGCGAGACGCAGGACAGCGGGGUGCGGAUGGCGGCCUAG